CGUGUUUCACCUCAGUUGCGUUUUUCAAUUUUAAUGAGACACUGAUCCUCCUUCACUCGAGUAUUGUUCUUUCCCGUACAGUGUGUUGUGUUUGCCGAACGGAGAUUAUUCACUCGUCCAAGGGGUGACACGUACUUACCAGGUCCUACACACGUACACCCGCAGCGCACGACCCUAUAUAGGUGUAUACAUAACGAGGAUGAGAUGAAUUGAAGGCAUAGUCAGAGCCAGCCACGCGAGCGAAGGAAAAAAAGGGGGAAAAUCAAAGGAGACGAAAAAAAAAAAAAAAAAAAAAAGGAGACAUCACCGAGAGUCAGCCCGAGGUAUGCCUUCGUCGACGAUCGAGCAGCUCCGGCGAGUCGACAGGUCGACCAGUCCCCUGCCGUCGCCCAACACGACCACGACCUCACCAACCUCGCGCCUCGUAGCGGCUAACCCCGUGCAGGAGCUCAAGGCUCUGUUCAUCGAACCCGUGCAGCAAACCGCCCCCUCGUCGUCCCACCAUCACACGGACUUUCGGCUCGAGCCUGUGCACCCGGCCCCGCUCGGGGGCGAGUCAGAUCAGGUUGCCCUCGCCAACAAGGAGUCGGACAUACCCGAGCGAGGCACGUGGGGCAGCAAGAUCGAGUUCAUCCUGUCGGUGGUGGGUCUGGCCAUAGGACUGGGCAAUUUAUGGCGGUUUCCGUACCUUUGCUACAAAAAUGGCGGUGGGGCCUUUUUGGUGCCGUACUUUAUCGCUCUUGCGUUGGCCGGAGUGCCGAUGUUCCUCAUGGAAUUGGCCUUAGGACAGAUGAUGACCAUCGGCGGCCUCGGUGUCUUCAAAAUCGCUCCGAUCUUCAAAGGAAUCGGAUACGCGACGUGCAUGCUGUCGUGCUGGACGAACAUCUACUACAUAAUCAUCCUCGCCUGGGCCCUCUUCUACUUCUUGGUAUCCCUUCGAUCGGACGUUCCGUGGAGGACGUGCGACAAUCCGUGGAACACAAAGUACUGCAUAACGCCGAUAGACCGUAUGAGAUCGACGUGCUGGUCCACGGCCAACGACACCGUGUGCUCGACUUACAUCGGCAACUUGAGCCACAAGAUGCUCAGAGAUCCGGUCAAGGAGUUUUGGGAGAGGCGAACGCUGCAGAUAUCGAGCGGCAUCGAGGAAGUGGGCGGCAUCAGGUGGGAACUGGCCGGUACUCUGGCGAUAGUCUGGAUAAUGUGCUACUUUUGCAUAUGGAAGGGAGUCAAGUGGACGGGAAAGGUCGUGUACUUUACCGCGCUCUUCCCCUACUGUUUGCUCGCGGUGCUUCUCGUACGUGGCUUGACGCUUCCGGGCGCCAUGGAGGGUCUCAAGUACUACGCGACGCCUAAUCUAUCGAAAUUGGGCGAGCCCGAGGUGUGGAUAGACGCGGUCACGCAGAUCUUCUUUUCUUACGCUCUGGGCCUCGGUGCCCUCGUCGCUCUGGGCAGUUACAACAAGUUCAACAACAACGUUUACAAGGACGCGCUGAUCGUCUGUAGCAUCAACUCUUGUACGAGUAUGCUGAGCGGCGUCGUCAUAUUCUCGGUGGUCGGUUUCAUGGCUCACGAGCAGCAAAAACCUGUCGCCGACGUCGCCGCCUCUGGUCCAGGACUGGCGUUCUUGGUCUAUCCGUCCGCGGUACUUCAGCUGCCGGGCGCCCCGAUCUGGUCUUGCUUGUUCUUUUUCAUGCUGCUUCUCAUUGGUCUCGACAGUCAGUUCUGCACGGUCGAGGGUUUCAUUACCGCGGCGGUGGACGAGUGGCCGCGUCUGCUGAGGAAACGGAAGGAGAUCUUCAUCGCCAUCGUGUGCUUCGUUUCGUACAUCAUUGGACUCUCUUGCGUCACCGAGGGCGGCAUGUACGUGUUCCAACUGCUCGACUCGUACUCGGUGAGCGGCUUCGUGCUGCUCUUCCUCAUGUUCUUCGAGUGCAUAUCGGUGGCCUGGGCGUUCGGCGUCAAUCGCUUCUACGACGGCAUACGCGACAUGAUCGGCUAUUACCCGUGCUUUUGGUGGAAGAUCUGUUGGACCGUCACCACACCGGCCAUCUGCAUCGGGGUGUUUACGUUCAACGUGGUUAAAUUCGUCCCCGUCAAGUACCUCGAUUACGAGUAUCCCUGGUGGAGUCACGUGCUGGGCUGGCUCAGCGGGCUCUCGUCCAUGCUUUGCAUACCCGGAUACAUGAUUUACAAGUGGUGCGUCACCUCCGGAACUGCCUCGGAGAAAUUCCGUAAAUUAGUGAGGAUAGACGACGACAUUGCUACUCUCAGGAUGAAGCUCAAUCCAAUCAAAGCCACCGAAAUCAAGACGGAAUUCAACGUUUAGAAACUUUUUUUUUUUUUUUUUCAAUACCUUUAUUUUUUGUACAACAACUGUACUGCCCGCCGAAUGGUGUGACAAAUUUUUCUUUUCUGUAACAACUAAAAAUUUAUUUAGAUAACUCAUGCAAUUUGGUUUGAAGUAACCAUAGAAUAUUUUAAUUCUUACAAAGGGUGCCAGAAACCUUCGACACAUCAGUAAAUAUAAUCGAUCACGAAUGACGCGUCAUUACAUAGAUUCAUACUGCGAUAGUGGUUUUCUUUACGUUUGUCGGUCAAUUUUUUUUUUUUUUUUUUUUAAACAUUCAGCAGUUGUGAACUAGUGUUAUUUUAUAUGUACCUAUAAUGAGUAUGUCAAAAAUAACGAGAUAUUGGAGUGUGAAAGUUGGGUGUGCUUCCUUUGUAAUAUUGUUAUUAAUAUAAAUAAAAAUAAAAAUACGGAAAUUUUA